UCGCCCUGCCUGCGCCGCGUCUCCCCGUGUGUGAAUGUGUGUGUGUGCGCGCGCCCGCGAGAGAGAGAUAUAGUGUUACAUCGGAGCGGUGCGCUUCGUCCUCCGCAUACAUCAGAUACACACACGCUCUCUCACUCACUCACAUCACACACACCGGGAGAGACUGGCAGCUGACAGCGACCGCUCUCAAAAACACAAGGAAAGGGAACAACCCGCCAUAGAUCUGGAGCGGGGUGUGUUUGUAUGAUAUAAGAAGUGAAAGACUCUUUUUUUAUUUUUUUUUUUUUAAAGAAAAAAAAAAAAAAACCCUCCUCGCAGCUAUUUCUUCUUGAUAUUGGAUUGUAAAGAAGAGCUCAGAAGUGGCCGAGACCGAGCGACUGAGCGGCAGAAAAAGACUCGCUCGAGCUCCGUGUGGACUAUCCGAAAGAGAGAGAGAGCGCGCGCACGCACGCACGCUCGCUCGCUCGCUCGCGCGCGCGUGCUUCACCUGGGCAGCGUCUCCCGUGUCCGCGAGCCGCGAGCUCGGCGACGUCCGCGAUGCCGAGGAGGAAGCAGCAGGCGCCCAGGCGGGCUGCGGUGUAUGUGCCAGAUGAUGAUGUCAGCAUCCAAGGCAGCAUCGCAGAUGAUGACGGAGAGAAUGACAGAACAGCUGACGAAGAGUGUCCUGAUAAGAUUAGCCCUAAGGAGACCGAGGAUAGGGAAGCAGACACCAAGAGCAGCUACAGCUACCAGAAUUCCCCCAUCAGUGUCCUCUCAAAUCAGGAGGUUGAACUGGAGUCCCGUCUCAGCGAUGCCAGUGACAGACUCUCUGAUUUCAAGAGCGCCUCACCACCGGAAAGCCAGAGGGACGAGGAGAGCCGGAGCUCCAAGCUGAAGGACGAGAUGCACAGCAGUCUAGAGAAGAUGCGGGCUGCCUACGCCACCUUCCUCUCAGACUCCUACUGGACAGGAAUUCGAAUGGAUAUGAAGGCUGGAAAUAGUGCCAGCAAAGGCAGCUGCGACAGCACCAACGGUAGCACCAAAAGUGAGUUUGACUGGCACCAAGACGCACUCUCCAAAACUCUCCAGCAGACACUCUCCCCGAAGCCUUCCUCCAAGCCUAACCUCUUUAGUUCUGUUCACCUUUACCGACAGAAUAGCAAGGCGUGUGGGGCCGUUUUCACGGGGGCAAGCCGCUUCCGCUGCAAGGACUGCAGUGCCGCUUAUGACACUCUGGUUGAGCUGACCGUGCACAUGAACAAGAGUGGCCACUACCAAGAUGACAACCAUAACAGAGAGAGCAACGCCUCCACAUCGUCCUCUAAGUUGCGCAAAAGAAACCUCCAGGACAUGGAGGGGAAAGAAGAUGCCCAGAAGGUGCUCAAGUGCAUGUUCUGUGGCCACUCUUUUGACUCCCUGCAGGAUUUAAGUGUCCAUAUGAUAAAAACUAAGCAUUACCAAAAAGUGCCUUUGAAAGAACCCAUUCCUGUAAUAACACCCAAAUUAGUUCCGCCGGCCAAGAAACGGGCAUAUGAAGCCACCAGGCCAUGCUCUCCUGACUCCACCACAGGGAUUUCUGGCUACAGUGAUGCGCAAAGAUCUGGCCUUCCAAACUCCCACAGCAAUCGGUAUGGUUAUCAGAACGGUGCAAGCUACACAUGGCAAUUUGAGACGUGCAAAUCACAGAUUCUGAAAUGCAUGGAGUGUGGAAGCUCGCACGACACUCUCCAGCAGCUCACGACUCACAUGAUGGUCACGGGACAUUUCAUCAAAGUUACAACCUCUGCCUCUAAAAAGGGGAAGCAACUGGCCAUGGACCCCCUGGCUGUGGAGAAAAUGCAAGCAUUUGCCGAGACCCCGGCAGCUGAAACGCCCUGCAGUGCAGAAAGUGACAAAACAUCUUUGAAGAGCACAGCUUCUGCAGAUGCAGAGAAAGACGUGCAGAAGGAAAGGUCAGCAGAGAAAAUGACCAGCAUCAAAGCUGAGGACAGUGAAGUCAAAAGCGACAAGCUAGAUGGUGAGGACCAAAAACCAAGGGACGCAACAUUCAAAUAUCCGUAUCUACGUGAAGAGGACCUCGAGCAGGUGUCUGGGGGAGGAGGAGAUAUUCUUAAGUCUCUGGCUAACACGGUGGCCUCUGCCAUCAACAAGGCCCAGACUGGAACUCCUAGCUGGAGUGCCUAUCCCAGCAUUCAUGCGGCGUACCAGCUUUCUGGUGUCAUCAAGAGCACCCCUCUAUCACCAUCACCCCCGGUUCAACUGAAGCAGACCUUCAACAACAAGCUGAGGCCAAUUGCUCCCAAGGGGAAGUAUUAUCAGGCUGGCGCGAGCUCCGAGUGUUUUCCGGGCCAGCAUCAGAGUGCAGACAUCAAAAAGGAAAAGAGUGGCACUUACGACAGCAAAGAAAGCACAAAGUUUGAUGAGGCUGAAAACAAUGACAGCGAUGGCCAAGAUGAUUCCUCCACCUCUUCAAAGUUAGAUGCCAACUAUGUGAAAGAAGGGAAUGAUAUGAUCAAAGGGAAGUUGAGCCCUGCUUUCUCAGACAGAGGCAAGACGUCGCCAAGCCCUCCCGCCAGCAAUGGAUGCAUUAAUCCCGCACCACUCGUCAGCGAUUCCCCUGAGAUUCUUGGCAUAAACCCACUAAGUGCACUGCAGUCUGUUUUGAACAAUCACUUGGGCAAGGCCAAUAAGCCUUCAAAUUCAAGACCAGAGGCCACUCUUACAGCCUGCACCCAGCCUACCUUUGGUAAACUGAAUAGAAGUUUGGAGAAGCCUGUCAUGGCUCUCGUUCCCUCCCGAGACACCAGGGUGAAAAACAGCUCCUUUAUUUUCGAGAGUAAUGAUCAGCCCAUGGAUCUAACGAAACACAAGCCCCCUAAAGCGAGUCCCUCUCGUUUGCAGUGCUCGGCCCCGGUGCCCCAGAAGCAUGCUCUGUCUGACAUUGCUGAUAUGGUCAAGGUUCUUCCGAAAGCCACAACACCGAAACCUUCAAUGCCUUCACGGAUGCCUCCCAUGAAGCUUGAAACAGAUGUACGGCGGUUUGAGGAUGUAUCUGCCGAGGUGUACUCGGUCCACAAGAGGAAAGGACGUCAGUCCAACUGGAACCCACAGCACCUCCUCAUCCUGCAAGCUCAGUUUGCCUCCAGCCUCUUUCAGACCUCAGAGGGAAAGUUCCUGCUGUCUGAUCUCGGGCCUCAGGAGCGCAUGCAUAUCUCCAAGUUCACUGGACUUUCCAUGACCACCAUCAGCCACUGGCUGGCCAAUGUGAAAUACCAGCUGAGAAAAACAGGAGGGACCAAAUUUUUGAAGAAUAUGGACACUGGCCAUCCAGUCUUCUACUGCAAUGACUGUGCAUCUCAGUUCAGGACACCAUUUGCUUUUAUAACCCAUCUGGAAUCCCACCUAGGGUUCCAGAUCAAAGACAUGAACAAACUGCCAGUAGAGCAGACGAAAGGUGAACCGGAGCUUUCCAAGGCUCUGAGCGUCAGGGCAACUGACACGCCAUCUCCAGAUGAAGACCUUGACUCUAAGUUCAAGUGUAAACUUUGCAGUCGGACAUUUGCUAGCAACCACGCAGUUAAACUUCACCUAAGUAAAACUCACAGCAAGUCACCUGAGAACCAUUCACAGUAUGUUGAAAUGGAUAAGGAAUAACAUCUGUAAAAGGCCCAACUUUGUACUACCUGUUUGAUUUCCUUAAUACUUUCCUGUAAUUGCUUUUUUUUUUUUUAAAAAAAAAGAAAAAAAAGAAAAAAGAAAAGAAAAAGAAAGAAAAAAAAUCAGAUUCACCAUGUUUCAAAUAGCAUUACUUGCCAAGUGUAGGGCCAUUUAUUUGGAAAAAUGAAAAGAAAUAUUUUUUAUUAAAGGCUAAUAUAGACCCUUUGCCUGGACUUAAAAUGGACUAUCAAAGGAAAAAAAAAAAAAAAAUAAAUGAAAACAUUGAUGGUCCUAAGACUUAUCUCUUCUUUUUGCACCCUCUUCAAAUGCAUCACCAGUAAUGAAAUGUGUUACUGCUUGGAACAUAAUUGCUGAUGUCUGCAUGCAAUAGCUUUGGCUAUGACUACUAUUUAUUUGUAUGAUAUGCCAAGUUUUAACUGUAUACUUUUAAGACAGACAGACUAAUGCUUUUAACUGUAAUUUACAAUUCUAGCGGUCAGACAGCUGCAUAAAUCUGCAGGUGCACUAACAGGUACCCAGACACCUGUUGACACAUUUAAUGAAAUGUACAGUAUAUUGCUCUGUAAAAUGUUUGUGUUGCAAUGAUAGAACAGAAAAGCACUUUAAUAAAUGUUUAAUCACCAGUUUAGACUCGGAUUCUAUACAUGAUCCAACCAUUUUAGGCAGGCUGGGUACAACGGCGUCUCAUACAUGUGAAUACAGUGCGGCAAGAAUUGCGCAAUUCAUGUUGAGGAGGUAGUGAAACGGAGACCUGCACCUUUUGUACCUAUUCAAAUAAAGCGUUAACAUUUUCUAACAAUGGCUUCAUUUUUCGGUUCUAAAGCGUGCGACUCCUGUUUUGUUUAUCACGAGUCAUUCAUAAGAAAACACGUGUCUGUUAUGAAAACAGGAACGUUAACUGCACAAAGGACGACUGGUCGAGAACGUUACGAAUUACAGUAGGUGUGCAUAACUUGCUCCGAACUCAGCCGGUGAGAAGGCUACCAGCAAUGCCUGUUGGGCCCGAUGUAGAAAGAGCGUGUCCAGUCCGGUGAGGCCAACAGGUAGAGAAGUGCAUCUUGAAGGGCUUCUAAAAAAUGUGAAUGCGUCCCUAAAGCCCACUAUGAUGUCUCAUAACCGUUAAUGAAGCCCUUGCAGCUCCUGGCUUUACCUGUGUCACUGGGAAUCGUCUUUAGCUUCAGGUGUACGGCAGCGAGGAGCGUUCUAACGAUGGCGCGGGUUCCGAAGAGGCAGGGCACACGCUUAGAGCAAAUUAAGAGCUCCAGUGACCAGCACAGAAUUGCCUAGUAUUUUCCAAGGCAAGUGCCACUUACGAGAUGACCGUAACCCCUUUUUUCAAGAUGACUCAAGCGGAUUUGUCUAGACAGGAUGCUCAUUUUCGGUGCCCUGGCAAACCCUCUCAAGUGAUUACAGGUGAUUUUCUGUGUAAUCACGGAAAGGCACACUAGCAUUCUGUUAUGCGUAAAGAAACGGCAGCAAAGCGGUGCCCGGGUGUUUGAAACAUACAGAAACAUCUCGUGUGCCUGAGCUGUAGAGUAUACCAGCACGCGUGUGUAAAGGGUUUAAAUUCGGUCAUAAAUUGAGUUUUCUUUCACGUGGGAAUAUGUUUUGAUGCAUGCCUUAUCUUGGGACUGGGACUACUACGAUGUCUUCAAGCUAACAGUCAAAGUGGUUAAGGAGCUGCACAAAAGGCUACGAGUAUCAGUCCCGGGGGGGGCCCCCACUCCUCAGACCCUGAACCAGGCACAGUUGGUCCCCAACUUGGAAAGUUUUUGAGUAUGCAAGAAACUCUGGGCCCCAAUUAAGUUCGUAAGUUGGGACCAACUGUACCGUAAUGGUUAAACCGU